CCUUUGUAACGUUCUGGGUUUCGACAAGUUUUCAUUACAUCUUUUGAGUUUUUUUUUUUUUUUUUUUUUUUUUUUUUGUUUUUUAAUAAUCAUCUGCGAAGAAUCGGUAGCACGAAAAUGGGGUGUUGCGCGAGCAAUCCAGCAGGUUCGAAGGCUAAUCGGAUCUCGCGGUGGCGAUCCACCGGCAUUGUUGGGCUGCGCGACGCCAAAUUGAAGGCAUUUCCUGAUGAAGUGAUUGAAAUGGAGAGAGCAGUACGGACGCUCGAUCUAACACACAAUAAGAUCUCUGAUGUUCCUGGAGAAAUCAGCAAGUUAAUCAAUAUGCAGCGUCUGUUAAUAGUUGAUAAUCUAAUAGAGCGCCUUCCGGGGAACCUUGGGAAACUUCAAUCUCUCAAAGUUUUGAUGCUUGAUGGCAACCGCAUCAGCUGUUUGCCUGAUGAAUUGGGUCAGUUGAUAAGGCUUGAGCAACUAUCAAUCUCAAGAAAUAUGCUCAUAUACUUGCCCGAUACUAUUGGUAGUCUGCGCAAUCUUGUGCUGUUGAAUGUCUCAAAUAACAGAUUGAAAUCCCUUCCAGAAUCAGUAGGGAGCUGUGCUUCUUUAGAAGAACUACAGGCUAAUGAUAACGUUGUUGAAGAGCUCCCUGCAUCACUCUGCAAUCUGAUUCACUUAAAGUCGCUUUGCCUAGACAAUAACCAAGUGAAACAGAUUCCAGAUGAAUUGCUGAAAGAUUGCAAGAGUCUCCAAAAUCUUUCUUUACAUAACAAUCCCAUUUCCAUGGAUCAGUUUCAGCUGAUGGAAGGAUACCAAGAAUUUGAAGAGAGGAGGAAGAAGAAAUUUGAUAAGCAAAUCGAUUCGAAUGUGAUGAUCAGCUCUAAAGGACUCGAUGUAGGCGUUGAUAAAUGAACACUGUGGCUCAACGUCUCCUUAGUUCGUCGGAUUGGUGAAUGAGGAUCAUCGUUUCGUGUAAGAAACAUUGUUGUUGUAAAACUCUCUCUUGCUCUAGAAUCUCUGUUAUCGUGACUCUGAAAUUCAUAUGAACACAUACACAUUCACGAAUGUAUGUAUAUAGGCGUGUAUGUGUGUGUGUGUGUAUGUAUCUGUGUUUACAUAUACAUAUAAACAUGGCAAAACGAUUCUUGCCUUUUGCCCUUGUAUUGAGGAGAUUUCUUGUUCUCUUUCUCAAACUCUUAUUUUCUUCGCAAGAGAUGGAACUGGCAUUGUGUUUAGGCGAGAAAAGAUUUCCG